AUGCGGUCCAUUAUAUUUAGCAACUACAGUGCGUUUGAUACAAGAAGAUUAGGAGCUACAAUUGAUGUGGAACACUCUCAUCUACGGUUUUUGGGUAAUAUGACAUUGAACCUUUGGGAUUGUGGUGGUCAAGAUGUCUUUAUGGAAAAUUAUUUUACUCAGCAAAAAGAUCACAUCUUUCAGAUGGUGCAAGUGUUAAUUCACGUUUUUGAUGUAGAGUCUAAAGAUGUACUCAAAGAUGUUGAUAUAUUUACAAGAGCACUAAAACAACUUAAGAAGUACUCUCCGGAUGCCAAGAUUUUUGUUUUAGUUCAUAAAAUGGAUCUUGUUCAAUUAGAUAAGCGGACUGAGUUAUUCGAGAUUAUGAUGAAGAAAUUGAAGCAGGCUUCAGCAGAAUAUGGGUUUAACGAUUUAAUCGGAUUUCCUACAUCUAUUUGGGAUGAGAGUCUCUAUAAGGCAUGGUCCCAGAUAGUCUGCUCUUUGAUUCCAAAUAUGAAUAUAUACAAUAACAAUCUUAAAAGAUUGAAAGAACUAAUGGAUGCCAAGGAGAUUGUACUCUUUGAAAAGACUACAUUCCUAGUGAUAUCAUCGAGUAAUACCACAACAGGCGAGCUGUUGGAUCCGAAGAGGUUUGAGAAAAUAUCCAAUAUAAUGAAAAACUUCAAGCAUAGUACUACGAAAUUAAAGAGUUCUUUCAAUACCUUGGUGCUAAGCGAUUUGAUAUAUGUUACCGAGUUAUCAUCGAACAUGAUGUGUUUCAUAGUACUAAACAAUAACAAUUACCCUAAAGAAUUUGUUUUGCAAAAUCUUCACCAGGCUCAAACAUAUUUCCAGUAA